UUUCAAAAAGAUGAUGUUCCUACAAAUAUUCGCCACAUUCGGAAAUGGAGGAAUAGAUUACCUUUAACUAAAAUACACAAUCAAAAUGUACCUCUCUGUAUAAACAGAACACCAUCCACAUGCGAACCUAUAAAAAAGGCCUUUACUAUUUCCCCAUUAGCACAUCUAGAACGUAUCCUAAAUAAUCCGAAACUUAUGCAAAAGAUGUAUUUUGGUCCCGGGAUUGUAACAGAUGAAAAGCAAGAAUUUUGGCAUGGUGAAUUAUGGCAGGAUUCACCAUUAUUUGGAGAAUACCAAAUAAAAAAUAAUGAAG